UACUCAGAUCAUACGAAAAAUUAUAUAUUUGGAUGAUGAGUUCGAAUUAUCAUUUGAAUACUACAUUCAGUAUUGGCACUUCUAAAAUUGCUAAAACGCGUAUUCAAUAAGUUCUUCUUCUUUGAACAAAUUAGUAAAAUAAAUUUAAAUUAAGAAAUCAGCGAAUAUAAGUGCGAUGUCCAGAAACUCUUGAAUUGAUAGAAAUCUCUAGACAGAAAAAAUAAGUUGCAGUAAUACAGACAGACCAUUUGCCAGACUGAGAUUGUGUGAACAGAGUCGCCUACAACUAUCAUUGCCAACUAUACAAUGUGAAGGUGGUUAUAUCGCUUUGGGUCUCAGUCUUAAUCCAAGUAAAGUGGAUUGGGGUCGCUGAUUAACUGCAAUAAUAGCAUGUACCCUGUCACUUCAAUGUGCCAGUCGUUCGUAACGGAGGCGCCUCAAAGUAGGCCAGCAUUGGGCGGCGUUUCGCUGUCAUUAAUCAAAAGUACUUAGCGGCCAUUGCGAUAUUGGCCAAGCCAAGGCGCCAUAUUCGCAGCUGUUGACCAUCUUAGUGAGAUAAGGUUGAGCAUUAAAUGCCACGCCGUGUGGCAAUUCCAGUUAAACAGCGAUCCACACUGGAAAUUCUGGCUGGGUAGACCCCAUUUAAAGAGUUCCAAACAUGAUUAAUUAAUUAUUAAUUUGGUUCUGGGCUUGACUCGACGAAGACAAUACCAAAUGGCGUAGGUUGCCCUAUCUAGGCAAAAUAAAAAUAUCCGCAUAAUAAUUAGCAUUAAGGUUUUAUAAUUCAUAUUGAUUGAUUAGGGCCAAAAUUUCAAAGUCGAAACCUUGCGCUGGUCGGGGCCCGCUGCUACCACGAGCAGCCAGCCCAACCAGCCCGCUCAGUUGUAUUUGGACAGUAUGUCGCAGCAGAGGUUAAGGAUCAGCAAUUCCAGUCCCGGCUCGAGAUGGAGAUAUCUGAGGUUGCGUUCGGAGCACAGAUCGCGAAUAGCUGCCUUUUUUGGCGAGCUGGUGGGCACGGCCACUUUCAUAUUCAUCGCCUGUAUGGGCUGUGUGACCACGCCCAUAUUCCUUAACUCCCACUUCGAACUGAGCCUAAACUUUGGUCUCGCCAUACUGAUUGCCAUACAGAGCUUUGGCGCCAUUUCGGGCGCCCAUCUGAAUCCGGCCAUCACACUGGCCGCCUUAAUCUAUGGCGCUCUUGGUUGGGCCAUGGCAAUUGCAUAUUUGGUGGCCCAGGUGGCAGGUGCUCUCAUCGGUUACGGUUUGCUGAAGGCCGUGUUGCCCCUGAAUGCCAUCAUUGGUGUGGACGAACCGGCUGGUGUCUGUGUCACGGUUCUCAGCAGCGACAUUUCGGUGCUUCAGGGCGUCUUCAUUGAGCUACUAAUCACCAGUUGCCUGACAAUGGUCGCCUGCUCGGUGUGGGAUCCACGCAAUGAUAGACUCAAGGAUUCGGUGCCGAUACGUUUUGGCCUAACAGUCGCGAGUCUCAAUUUGGCAGCGGGCCUAUUCACCGGCUCAAGCAUGAACCCGACACGAUCCCUAGGACCUGCUGUGUGGAACAAUUCCUGGCAGCAUCACUGGAUCUACUGGGUGGGUCCUUUAGUGGGUGCCGCACUCACUUCGCUUAUCUACCGAUUUGCUUUCAAGGGUCGCAGCGAUGAAGUAAUUGAACUCCGCAGUUCAAAUGCCAAAAUACAAUUUAUUGAUAAGGUUUAGAGGUUAGGCUGAAGCUUUAGAAGCCAUAUUAUUUUUUAAGUUAACCCUAAGUUUAAUAAACUAUUAACUAGUUCAUGAACAUCGCAUAGAAAGGCGGCAUAAAGGAGAGGAAACAAAAAACAGCUGAGAGAGACGGUAGAAAAUAGCGAGGAGAAACUGUGUCCCUAUGCGAGAAACAUAAAUAAAAAGUGUCUCAAAUACUAAAAUUUAGACAGAAAAAAAA